AUGUGGACUCUGUCCAUUCCUGAGCAUCUGCUAGAAGCCACCAUGUGCAAGUCCUUUGGGGCCACCCUAUCUGGACCUGCUUUACAAUGGCUGAUAAGUCUUAAGCCAGUUUGCAAGCAGCAGAGAGUCCUAGAGAAGCACACCGGCGACUUGUACCGCAUCACCCAGAAAGCCAAUGAAGCUGUGAGGCAGUACCUGGAUCGAUUCAACAAGGAAAUGAUCUCUGUCAAGAACCUGGAUGUUCCCACAGCUAUCGAAGCAUUCAGGAGAGGACUAACCUAUAAAUCUAGAUUGUAUUAUGAAUUGACCAGGUACCCAUGUGGCACAUUCGAAGAGGUCAGGGCCAGAGCUAUGGCUGAGAUACGUGUCGAGGAGGACGAGGCGUCCAGGUACGUGAGCGAGCCUAGCUACGAUCGGAAAUCCCAGAACCAGAAGAAGACUGAUUGGCGCCAUCAGCCAUAUCAGAAGCGCGAAAGUAAUAACGUAGCCAGCAAGGCCACAGGUAAAUCGUCUAACAAUGAUUACCCUUCCAUUGCUUCCUACUGUUUUAACGUGGAUGCAGGAGGCGUAGUAAACGCGCUAGAAAAGCUGGGAACCACAGUUAGGUGGCCUCGCAAAAGCGACAGACCAGACAGCGAGAAGGACACCACCAAGUGGUGUAGCUACCAUGGCGACCAUGGCCAUCGAACAGAAGAAUGCAAUGCUCUCAAAAAGGAGGUGGCUGGCUGCUCAAGAAGGGCUAUCUCGAGCACUUGA